UUGGCUUGCACCCCACGCUUCUCCCUCUCCCUCUCUCUUUCUCUGCGAUCUCUUUAGCAAACCCUAGAAAUCUCUUGAUCUAUCAAUGGAGAACCAACUCCUGGAUUUCGUCUUAGUUCCCUUAGGGCUCAUCGUCAUGGCCGUCUACCACGCCUGGCUCCUCCACCGCAUCAUCCGCCAUCCCAUGAGAACCGUCAUCGGGAUCAACUCCAUCAAUCGCCGUCUUUGGGUUGAAUCCAUGAUGCAGGACCAAGUGAAGAACGGCGUGCUCGCAGUGCAAACCCUAAGAAACAACAUAAUGGCAUCAACGCUGCUCGCCUCCACAGCCAUCAUGUUAAGCUCGCUCAUCGCCGUGCUGAUGACCAGCGGCGUCACCGGCGGCAGUUGGCACGCGCAAGGCGACUUCGUGCUGGGCGAAGAAUCCAGCUCUUUAGAGAUCUCGAUUAAGUUUUUCUCCAUUCUUGUGUGCUUUCUUCUCGCUUUUCUCCUCAAUGUUCAAUCGAUUAGGUAUUACAGCCAUGCGAGCAUCCUCAUCAACGUUCCAGCGAAGAAUCGGCUGUCGAGCUCGGAGUACGUGAGCGCGGCGUUGAAUCGGGGGAGCUAUUUCUGGUCGCUGGGGCUGAGAGCUUUCUAUUUCUCGUUUCCUCUUGUGCUGUGGAUCUUCGGGCCGAUUCCAAUGGCGGCGUCGAGCUUCGUUCUCGUGGGUUUGCUCUACUUUUUGGAUGUGUCUUCUGGCUGGGGAGAAGACGAAGAUGGGGAGGUGUUUAUGGUUGGAGGAGACUGCUGAUCUUGACACGUGGCGUUUGAUCGAUCUUGAG